AUGUCAUUGCUGCAACAACGAAAUAACAUAGUUGUUAUGGUGACUGGAAACCAACAGCCGCUCGACAACGGAGCCCACGAGCUUUCCACAGCAGGGAAAUUGACUCCAUUGAACGAUCUAAUGAUCGGAAGAACACGCGAAUUUCCUUCUUCACUCCAUAACUAUUACAUAAUUGUAUUACAUGUAAAAGAAAGGCAGGGCUAUAAAAUUGACGAAUACAUUAUAAAGGAAUGUUUCGCAUCACUAAUUGAUGUAAUUAAUGAAUUAAAUCUACACUCUUUAAGCUUACGCAGAACGGAAAGAUUAAACACCUUCAAAUGGAACGAUAUUCGAUACUUCUUCUUACGAUACUUCUUACGGAUCAGUCUACAAGAACGUAAGAUAACAAUCACAAUAUGUAAUGGAACUAUAACCCCUCCAAUAGAAGAUCGCCACGAAAUAAUUACAGAGAACCACGAGUCAGCCACCAGCGGACACAAGGGUGUAACUAAAACGUAUCGUCAAAUCAGCAAACGUUACACGUGGAGUAAUCUCAAGCAGCAGAUACAGAACAUCAUCAGACAAUGUCGUAUCUGCCAAUUACGAAAGCUAGUGAAAAGAACGACACGACAACCUAUGACGCUUACGGAUACUCCAGGCCGCGCUUUCGACAAGGUCGUACUCGAUAUUGUUGGCCCUUUGAGGACCACACCCCGCAAAAACUCAUACCUUCUCACAAUGCAGGAUUUUCUAAUGAAGUACUUUCUUGGAAGUUAUACGCUCCAAUUAGCAAUUGCAGAGCAGAAACCACUGCGAUAG